UUUGCCAUUUUUUUUUCAAUCUCUCUCCCCUUCUCUCUCUCCAUCCACCUCACUCUCUCUCUCUUUUUUCUCUGCUCUCCUUUCUCAAAAAAGCCAUGACGGCGAUCCCGCGAUCCAUCCUCGCCUCCGCGCUAUCUUUCUAUUAUUUCUAAUUUAUUUUAUUAUUAUUUUGUUUUUUUUUUUUUUACUCCGUCUCCUCCACCUCCUCUGGUAGAUGUCCAAGGCGUUGGAUGAAGAUCUUUUCUCUCUUUUUUCCCCUCCUCCUCUCCUCUGUCACCCCGGCAUCUCCCCGAUGUGAUCCGCGCUGAACGCAGCCGCUGAACAGCCACCAUGUCUCGCCGCAAGCAAGGCAAACCGCAGCACCUGAGCAAACGGGAUUUCUCGCCAGCCGACCCCCUCUCCACGGCCGUCGUCUUGUCGGAGGAGCUAUCAGAGCGAUGCUCAGAGCACUCGGAGGACAGUGGCAGCCCAAACGGGCAUCAUCCGGCCCCCACUGUGGGCCGGCUGGCCCGGCUGGGUCCAGACUCUCACCCCUCUACGGAGCAGGAUCUCCUGACCUGUGGUCAGUGUCAGGCCACCUUUCCUCUGGCAGAUAUCUUACACUUCAUUGAGCACAAGAGGAAGCGAUGCCAUGGGCCGCCUUGUCUCGCCAUUGGCAGGGGGCUGGACAAGCCCCCUUCGCCCUCUCCCGGUUUGGCCCUCACCCCCUCAUCUGCUAUGAACUCCCUGCGUGGCCGGAGGCCGGUUGAAGUCGGGGUUCAGGCAACGUUAGCAGAUGAAGAUGACGAGAGGUUCUCAUCGCCUCGGGGGAUUUGCCCAAAACAGGAGCCCCUCCCAGGUAAGGAGGAGCCAACCACAUAUACCUGCACAACGUGUAAGCAGUCAUAUGGCAGCGCCUGGUUUUUGCUGCAGCAUGCUCAGAACUCCCAUGGCUUUCGAAUUUACCUGGAAAGUGAACAUGGCAGUCCUCUCACCCCACGCAUGGGCGGGCCUUCUUCCCUUGGUGGUGGCGCCGACUGUCCCUCUCAGCCUCCCCUUCAUGGCCUCCAUUUGCCACCUGAUGCAAGUCCUUUCAACCUCCUCCGCAUUCCUGGCUCGGGUUCAGGGGGAAGGGACAGCAUUGGAGCAGGAGGUGCCAUUGGCUCUGGCAUUCCUGGGGGCCAUCAUCAGCGUUUCCCCCCAACACCACCUCUCUUCAGCCCCCCUCCACGAAACCAUCUGGAUCCCCACCAUCUGAGCCCAGAGGAGCUGGCGCUGGCAGCCCACCACCCGAGUGCCUUUGACAGGGUGCUACGCCUUAAUCCUCCUCUGCCUCUAGACCCACCUCCGACAAUGGAUUUCUCAAGGCGUCUACGGGAACUGGCGGGCAACACCUCAGGGUCUACUCCCCCACUAUCACCCAGCCGGCCAAGCCCCAUGCAGCGCUUACUGCAGCCAUUCCAGACAGGAGGAAAUGGAGGCACAGGGGGUGCAGGGGGUGGCAAACCUCCAUAUCUUGCUACUCCACCACCACUACAAGGCUCAAUGCAGUCGCCUGUGGGCUCACAAACCACUCCUCCGACUCCUCUCCCUACAGCAGGACCACCCACUUCCUCCAACACCCAGUUGAAAUCAAAGUGUUGUGAGUUUUGUGGCAAAGCCUUUAAGUUCCAGAGUAAUUUAAUAGUGCAUCGGCGAAGCCACACAGGAGAGAAGCCGUACAAAUGUCACCUGUGUGAUCAUGCUUGCACACAGGCCAGCAAACUGAAACGACAUAUGAAGACUCACAUGCACAAAUCUUCCUCACCAAACACAGGCAAGUCAGAAGAUGGUCUAUCAAUAGCCUCAUCCCCAGAGCCUGGCACUAGUGAGCACAUAGGCAGUGCAAGCAAUGCACUUAAAUCAGUGGUGGCCAAGCUGAAAAGUGAAAAUAAUCGCAUUUUACGAGAAAAUGGGGAGGAGGAAGAAGAGGAAGAGGAGGAGGAGGAAGAAGAAGAAGAGGAGGAGGAAGAGGAAGAGGAGGAGGAAGAGGAGGGGGAGGAGGAGGAAGUGCAGAAUGGUGAGAGGCCACCCAAACGAAACAACAGUUAUCACUUUGGACUGAACCUGGAAGCAGCACGGCAGCAUGAAAACAGCAGCAGCAUUGGAAGUCGACUGGGCAGGGUGGCUGACGAGGCAUCUAUCCCUCGUUCACUGCCAGAGGUCAUGCAGGGAAUAGGUCUGGCUGCCAGCAUGCAGCAUUUUAGCGAAGCCCUCAAUGCACACAAACGAAACGCCAUGGCCCAGGAGAACCACCUGCACCAUCAUCUCAGCAGAGACCAUCACCACAGUCGGGAUAUGUGCGAUGGAGACUCUGUCCUGGAAACAGAACGUUUAGAGGAAGGCACUGUUUCAGCAGUCAAUGGGCGAGGAGCAUCUCCUAAUGAAUCUGCUUCAAUUGGCUUCUCAAAGAAACUACUUCUGGGUAGCCCAAGUCCACUUAGUCCUUUCUCAAAGCGCAUUAAACUGGAGAAAGAAUUUGACCUGCCUACCCCCACAAUCCCUAAUACAGAAAAUGUCUACUCCCAAUGGCUGGCUGGCUAUGCUGCCUCUCGACAACUCAAGGACCCCUUUCUCAACUUUGGGGAUUCCAGACAAUCGCCUUUUGCAUCAUCAUCUGAGCACUCGUCAGAGAAUGGCAGCCUGCGUUUCUCGACCCCUCCAGGAGAACUGGAUGGAGGAAUGUCCGGUCGCAGUGGGACAGGCAGUGGGGGCAGCACGCCCCACCUUGGGGGUCCUGGGAGACCCAAUUCCAAGGAUGGACGCAGGAGUGACACUUGUGAGUACUGUGGCAAGGUUUUCAAGAACUGCAGUAACCUGACAGUACACCGGCGCAGCCACACAGGAGAGAGACCAUACAAGUGUGAGCUGUGUAAUUAUGCGUGUGCCCAGAGCUCUAAACUUACUCGCCACAUGAAGACCCAUGGUCAGGUGGGAAAAGAUGUGUACAAGUGUGAAAUUUGUAAAAUGCCCUUCAGUGUUUACAGCACCUUGGAGAAACACAUGAAAAAAUGGCACAGUGACCGUCCCUUGAGUACCGAAAUAAAGUCAGAGUAGAAGGCAGAACAAUGAGACCUUUUGUCCUUGUAACUGGGUCGCCAACAGUCAAGUGUUUAUUCCUAGCCCCUUUGUAGAUUUGCCCCAAUCCCAACACUCCCCUUUCACCAACCUGGUGGAAGCCUAAGACCAUGUGCUCUGCACCAGCACACCUUGUUUCCAUUACCCAUCGAAUGCAUGAUCUGUAUCGGGGCAAUACUCUUGCAUUGACGCAAAACUUCAAGCCUUUCUCUUGUGCAAUAAUUUACAUGUUGUGUACUAUUUCCUUUUAUUGAGUUUUAUUUUUUUUAUUUUUAAGAAUUAGUCAGCAUGCAUAGUAUGUUUUUUGCUAAUCAAAAAGAAAAGAAAAAAAGAAAAGAAUUUGUCCCUGGUUGGUUAGUUGUUGAGUAAAUGUGUUGCUGUUUUUCUCUCAUUCACUUACUUUCUUUUUAUUCUUCAAAAAGAAAAAAAGAAAAUAAAGAUACAUCCAUGCUGCAUACAUUCUGUAACACAUAUCAUGUACAGCUUUGUUUUGUAACAUGGAAAGUGAACAGUCUUUUAACUUGACCCUCUUUUUACGACCCUGGAAAUGCACUUAUCCUGAUCUUUCUAAAAGAUGCCAUGUUCAAACAGGGUUUAAAAGAAAAAGAAAAUCAUGUAUUUGGCUUGACUACUAAAAAAGUGACGACAGGCCUCAAAUUUCUUUCACAAAGACAAAAAGUGUGCUAAGAACUAAAUUUGUACUAUCAUUUGGAGGAAUAAGGAAGAGUGCCUUUGAUAUCUCAAAACUGCAUUGGCCAUAAUCUUAUCUGGUUUACGUUUGGGGUCACUCUAGAUGAAGCUAAAAGAGUUCGAUCAUCCAGGAAAAGGUCCUUGCAUCAAGCACCUGGCAGCUUAAACGGACAGCUCAUGAUGAAAGAUCCAAAUCAUCAUUUAGCUACCUAAUACACGUUUAAUAGGCUAUAUAUUAUUAUUGGGGAUUUCAUGGCAAGCAUGGUACAAGCAGUAUUGUGUAUAUCUCAAUUAUUUGGUGUUUUAGUUUUUGUAUGGAGGAGCUUUUGAGAGAAAGGUAAUCUGUGAUAAAAUGUACAAUCCUGAACUUGAGGGACCAGGCGAAGAGUGUCACAUGUCUGCGUUAGCACAAGCCUAAAACGCUGCUCAGCAUGUCAGGGUGUGGAACAAUGCAUAAAGUAAUAUUUGAGCUCAAAUUGAAGCUAACUUUACUUAAGAGCAGUGAAGAAAAUACAAGCUAGACAGACAGAAAGCUAAACAGAACUGAAAGCUAUGUACGCGCUACAGGGAUCUGCGGCAACGAUUUUCACUUUACAAUUGUUGCAUUAGAAAAGGGUUAUCAGCAGUGACUGGCAGAGAAAGAGAGCUUUGCAAAAACAUGUACCUGUACUUUAGGGCUCUUAAAAAUGUUUUAUUGUUAUUUAAUAUGCAUACAGUGGCUCUGAAAAAUUUUCAUAGCCCUACUAAAAUAUCAGGUGUUUGUGUUUAAAACAUGAGAAUACAAUAAAUCAAUGUAAUACUUUUCCACCUAUAAUUUGACAACAGUCCACUACUAUUCAACUGAAAAACAAACAAAUCUGAUAGCACUAAGAAAAGGUGCAGUAAUCUGGACAUGCACGUCCCUAAACUAAUACUUUAAUGACACAUCAUUUGAAUUUCAUCAUUCGGUUUUUGGUCGGAGUCUUUCAGAGCCCUACAUCUUGACUUGCAAAAAACUUCAAAUCUCUGAGAUUAUGAGGACAUCUCUUGUCUGAGCCCUCUUCAGGGAACCCCCACAGAUUUGUGGAGUUUGAUUCUAGACCAUUCUUUUGUUGAUUUGCAUGUAUGCUUGGACUUACUGUAAUGCUAAAAAUAAAUUAUCUCUUAAUCUUCAGCUUUCUAGCAGAAACCUGAAGGGUUUGGGUCUAUAUUAAUAGGCAUUUGGAACCGGUAUUGAAAUUUACAUCCACCUUUAUGAAAAACUCCUAUUAUAUAUAAAAAAAAAAAAACUAUCCCAUGUCAUGAUGCUGCCCUCACCAUGAUUUACUGUGGGUUUGAUGUUUUUAGUAAUGUUCAGUUUUCAAUGUUCAUACCAAAAAGGCUUUAGAAGAUUUUAGCCAGGCCUCGAUGUUUUAUGUGGUAGAAAUGUUCUUUUUUUACAACCCAACUCCAUAGUCCAGACAUUUGGAAAAAACUGGAGAUUUUUGUCAGAUGUAGAACACAACUAAUACUUGGCAGAAAUAGUACUGCUGUAGGCUCCUUGGCAGCCUCCCUGACUAAUUCUUAUCUUUUCUUUCCAUCCAUUUUGGUGAAGCUCCAGUUUUUGUAAUGUCCCUGUUGUCCCAUAAUUUCUCAAAUUAAUGGGGACUGUCUUUACUGUGUUACGGUGUUUAUAUAUAUCGCUCUGGAUUUUUAGGCCCCUUCUGCUGAAUGAUCCAUGUGUACAAUAAGAUCCUUUGGAGUCUUUGUCACAUCUCUAUAAAUUACAGCUUUAGCAAAAAAAAAAAAAAAAAACAUAAGAAAUCAACUGGUCCAGUUUCAUUUCUAGCUAAUCAGAUGCACUUAAAUGGUUUUAGGGUUGUACCUAAUAAGACAAGAAGCUGAAAUAACAUUAAAACUUGCUUUAACAAUGUUUAAGUUUAAGGGUGUGCAAACUUAUGUAACCAAGUUGUACCUUGUUUAUUUUGUACAUUUCCUCUCCUAACAGAUUAAUUUAUUUUUCAGUUGAACUGAAUGAGACAUUUGCCACAUUUAAGGUGGAAAAAUAUUUAAAAAACAUUUUUUCACAAUGCCAUUUUAAAGAGGAUGUGUACUCUUGGGAGCCACUGUAGGUCAAUGUAGAGCGCGUUACUUUUUAUUGUGUUUGUUUCCAGUUGAUCUUUAACCCAAAAGAGAUUUUCGUUCAUGUUGUUCAAUGCAAAGCACUAAAUGUGCAUUGUCGCACAUCCAUGCAGAGAUGGUACGUGGAUUGAGUCUAAAAGCUGGAUUUGUUUGACAUGAAGUGCACUGUUUCAGUUUUCCCAGUUUACGCCAAAGGGGAAAAUCUUCUUUGUAAUGCUGUCAGAUGAUGAGGAUCCUCUUGUUACAAGCAGUAAAAAAAAGACGCACAAAAUCUGUUGCCAGCGGUUUCAUUAUCCCUGACCUCUGUAUCCUCGCCAUUUUACCCUUGACCGUUUGUUAACCAUGGAAACCCAAGAACGUACUCUCCUCCCAGCUAACCACUUCUCCUACAUAGUAGCAAUCUAAAUGCACUUCUCCUGGCUUUAUUAAUAACCACCAUUUUAAAACAAGUUGUGAUUUAUCAUUACCUGAGCAAGUUGCUGCCUGGACAACACUCCGAUUUUGUUGCUUACACCACCAGACUCUGUUUUGGUAGAACUUCUCUUUCAAACAUGGGCAUAUAAAAUAAAUUUUUUCAAACAAAACUAUACUAUAUUUUAGGGGGAAAUGUUUUAAGUUUUGUUACUGCAUCUCAAUGGCGUUCAGUACUACCAUCACAGUAUAUAUGAGGUGAAACAUUUCAGAAAAGUUGAAAAAAAAAAGGAUUUUGUAAUGUUUAUUUGUUUUCAUUUUUUGCCUUUGUUCUUCACGGCUCUUCAGGUUGAAAUACAAUUUGCAUUUGGGAAAGGAUUAAGAUUAUAUAUGAAUAUAUAAUAAAGAACUUAAAAUAUAGGAAAAUGCACAGUCAUGUCAGUUCCUAUACUUAAACACAUUUAUGGUCUACUUUUUCUGUAUUUCUAGAAUUGUAUUUGAAUUCAAUGUUCACUUAGAGUAGGCACUAUAGUAUUUAUAUUGAGGCUCGUAUUUUUAACUGUUGCUUGUUCUCUCUAAAGGUAUUUGCCAUACCUGUUUUGGUAGUGGAAAAAAAUCCCAAGCUGCCGCGGUAUAUUUUUUUAAUUUGGCAGGAUAAUAUAGUGCGAAUUAUUUGUAUGUCUAAAGAAAUAAAAUAAAAUGAUAAAAAAGAAACUUCCCAUAGAAAGCAGGUAAAGUGUGUAACAUUGGGAGGCGUCGCAGGCCAUCAGAUGGCUGCUGCCUUGGUUCCUGCUGUCCACAGAGGCGUUUGUACAUAUCUUCUUUGGGUUUUUUUUUUGUUCGCACUUCUUUCUCCUCACUCUGCUGCCAUACCUGUAUGCAGUACUGAAAGCUGACGCUGGCCUGUUCUGUUGUGUGCUUCUGUCUCUCUCACCUCUCCCACCUGACAACAUUCCAACAUCAAGAAGAGAGGAGGAAAAAAAUCUAAAGAUAAAAAAAACUUAAUAUGCAGUACAUGGAUUACUUUAAAAAAAGUUGAAAUAAAUAUGUUUAAAAAUAAAUAAUAUGUUUUUGCAUUUUCUUUUCCAUUGCCAAAUACUAAAUGGUGCUUUAUAUUUAGAUUGGGUGAAUAUACUUUCAUAUGCAAAGCAUAUUUAAAAAUGACCAGGGGGAUGUGGAGAAGCCUGCUUGAGUUGAGACUUUUUUUUGUAAAUGGCAAUGCGGAAUAUUUUGUUAUCAGCCUUUUCUAUUCCUGUUCUGAGAGCUGUUUGUUGUAACUUGAACAUGAACUUUAUCUUUUACAAUGGGAGCUACUAUUUAUUAUUACCUAUAUGCUCUGUUCUGAACAGAGACAUGGAAUGGAGUCAUAUAUUUUUGGUUUGUUUUUAUUUUAUUCUUUUGUUUUGGUUAUACUAUAAUUUUAUUAUAAUAUUUUCUUUUCUAAUGGUGGCCAGUGGUCGUUGGACAAAACAAACUAUGAUUUCUGUUGUACUUGUUUGGGGUCUCUGUUCAGUUGUAUUGGGAAUACCACUGUCUGUGUUUUCUGGCAGAUGUCUGCAUAAUCCUGUUCACAUGCCCAUUUUGUCCCUUUAUUGAAAAAUGAUUAAUAAAAAAAAUGAAAGUGUAA